AAUAAUAAUAUUUAUACGUAGAAAACGAGGUAGAUGAAAUAUUUAUUGUCUUUCUAUAUUGCCCUGUAUUUUUUCUUUUCUUUUCUUUUUCUUUUGUAAGAUAACAGCUUUAUUUCCUACCUUUUAUGAGAUUUGAGGAGUUUCUCUUUCUUUCCUUCUUCCUCACACACUUGAACUGUAAAUCCUCGAUGGAGUGAAAUUAUAUUAAAUGUGGUGUAAGAGAAAGAGGAGAGAUGUUUAGGAAUAUUUAAGUGUGCAAAAACAUUAGUAAAACAAGUCAAUGGUAAGUGUUGAUGGUACGUGUCGAACCAAAGAAUGUUCUGAAAUUCUCUUUUCCCUUUUUCCUCUUUCCACAAACUAAUAUUAAAAUAAUAAUAAAUAUAAAUUGUAAGAGAACAGCAGAAACCAAUGUGCAAAUAUUCGAGCUAAUCACACGUUUUAUACGAUUUUGUUAUUGUUUUUUUCUUUCUUUUGCUAGCCACAAAAUACAUUUUUAACUAUAUGAACACCAAGAAUAAAUAAGAAUUAAUGUGAUAGCAGAUGAAUUUGGCACUAAAUCAGCGCGAAAUGAGUUUUCUUCACAUGAUGAAGGAACAUGAUUAAAGAAAAAUAAUGAACAGCAAAAUACUGAACAAAAUUAUUCAAUAUUUAGGAAUGAAAUUUAGUGGAUUGUGAAGAGAAGAGUAUAUUUUUUCCUAAAGAAGUAUUGUAUUAAUCGUUGUUUACUCUUGCACGCUGACAACAUAAGAGAGUUUUUCUGGAUGCGAAGACCGAUGAAGAUUAAAACUCGCAAAGUAGUGGCGCGAAGGAGAAUUUGAUGGAGGAGAAGAAGAAAAAAAAAUAGUCAAUGAAAAUUAAUCAAAUUGUUGAUGUAGAAUCAAUUUCACUUAUGCUCUAUAGAGAAAUAGUGGAGACGAAUAGAGGGAGAGUGUUUAAAUGUAACAAAGAGCAGAGCUAAUACCGAUAGUUACUAAGAAAAAGAGGACUUUAUAUAUGAAAGAUUAAUAGUUUAUUUUGUUAUUUAUUAUUUUUUGUUUAUGUACAUCUUUUGAUUGUUAGACAUUGUCGAAGGCUACAUUUAUUAUUUUCUAUAUGUGUAUAAUGUGAAAUUAAUCCGCAGAGACAAGAUAUUGUUAUAUAUUUAAUUAAUUUAAAAGAUCCCAUUAUCAAAAAGCUUCUUGGUGUUUUAUUGCUCGCUUUCGUCGCGCUUUUGUGCGGAGAGGAUUUAAACUGAGCAAAUGCGCUCAGUGAAAGUUUGAGGUUAGGAAAGUGCUGUCAAAACAACAACAAGCAGUGUUUUCUUGGAAAUUUGUGGUGAAAACGAUGCAGGAAACGCCACAGCCAAAGUUCAAAAAGUCCUCCUUGACGCCCAAGACUGUGGGCAGCAAGAAGCGAAUGUGGAAAUCCCUGAAACAACUCCUGACCAGCGAGAGAAAUCUGCAGUGGAAAGACGCUGUGACAUACUCCUCCAUCAACCCACCGCCGUCCUUCAGGCCCGUGAAGAAGUACUCUGACGUCUCCGGACUCAUCGCACUGUACACUGAUCCACAGACGAAGCUCAACUACCACAACGCAGAGGAGUUCACCACCGUGCGGAGUCUGCCGAUGGAUCUCACUUCCGGAUAUCUGGCUCUGCGCGGGGCCACAAGUAUCGUGGGCUAGUGCUUAGUCUUCAUCACUUUAUUCACAAAAAACAUUUGCAACAAUUAGAAAUCAUCAACAUGGACGUGUGCAAAAUCACUUCACAGAAAGCGCUCUCGAGACGAUAAAAUUUGGUAACAUUUUCUCUUGUGUUGUGUGGGCAAAAAGUAUGAAUAAUUUCCCUGUUUUCCUUUCAUGACCUGAAUCAGCUGAAUAAACUUACUCUUAGUGUUACACAA